AUGUUCACUUCAAUAUUUAUAGUUUUGCUCUUGAAGCUUCCUUUUCUUCUAUGCAAUUCAACUGAAAACAUGUGUUUUUGGAGAGUAAAAUUCAAUGAAAACUGUGAUGGUGACUUGCCCCAGGACUGUGCUUUUCUCCUUUAUACAGAAAAGGAACCUGCACCAAAAGACUUUUUUAAAUAUCUCUUUGAAUUAUGUUUGCCUUCCAAAAUAUAUCAGUAUGUUCUGUCACUGUAUUUUGCUAUGGAGGAGAUAAACAGUGACCCCUACCUUUUACCCAAUGAGUCUCUGGAAAUUGCAUAUAUUAAUCGCAAAUGCAAUGGUUAUUUAUCAUUAUUCACUGAUAUAAAUAUAAUGACAAAAUAUCAUCACACUGUUCCUAACUACAUCUGUGAUCUCGGUACAUGUGAAAUAGCACUUACAGGUCCACUGUGGAUAUCAUCUGCACAAGUGGCAACAGUUCUUCAGCUCAACUUCAUUCCACAGAUUACCUAUGGACCAUUCCACCCUCUCCUGAGUGAUCAGAACAGGUUUCCUAAUCUGUAUCAGAUUGCCUCCAAAGACAGAUUCCUGACUGAAGCCAUAGUAUCCUUGCUGUUACAUUUCAGCUGGACAUGGGUAGGACUAGUCAUCCAAGAUGAUGAGCAAGGUAUUCAAUUUCUCUUAGAUAUAAGAGAAGAAAUGCAAGGAAAUGGAGUCUGUUUAGCCUUUGUGAACGUGAUUCCACAGAACAUGCAGUUAUUUACAACAAGGGCUGAGAUAUAUUACAACCAAAUAAUUACAUCAUCAUCAAAGGUUGUUAUAAUUUAUGGAGAAAUGAAUACUGCUUUAGAAGUGAGCUUUAAACAUUGGAAAUAUUUAGGCACACAGAAAAUCUGGUUCACUACCUCACAAUGGGAUGUCAUCACAAGGGAAAGAGACUUCAACCCUAAUUCAUUCCAUGGGACUUUCACUAUUUCACAAUAUCAUGGAGAUGUUUCAACUUUAAAUAAUUUUUUUCACAGAAUGAAUCUUUCUAAGGACACACAUUACUUUUCUUCUGAAAGACUGGGGUGGAUGUAUUCUCACUGUUCAAUAUUAAAAUUAAACUGUAAAACAGCAAAUCAUUGCACAUCCAGCAAUUCGUGGGAAUGGUUACCAUGGCACAGUUUUGACAUGGCUAUGAAUGAUGAGUGUUACAAUAUAUACAAUGCUGUAUAUGCUGUGGCCCAUGUCUUCCAUGAAAUGUUCCUUCAAAAUAUAGAUUUUGAGCAACUGAAAGAUUCGAGCCAAGUAAUGCAGAAGUGCUUGAAGGUUCAUGCAUUCUUGAAAAAUGUGCAUUUUUUAAACCCUAUUGGAGACAUAGUAAUAAUUAAUCAGAAAACAAAAACAGAUGCAGAGUAUGAGUUCCAUAUGAUUUGGAAUUUUCCACAAGGACUUGGAAUGAAGGUGAAAAUAGGACGGUUUUAUUCACAUUAUCUGCAUGAUCAAAAAUUGUACUUAUAUGAGGACAUGAUACAAUGGGUCUCAGGAUAUAGCCAGAUACCCCCUUCUGUAUGCAGUGUGAACUGUGCUCCUGGAUUUAAGAAAUGUUACCCAAAAGAAAAACCAUCCUGCUGUUUUGAUUGUUCCCCUUGCCCUGAAAAUGAGAUUUCAAAUGCUACAGAUCUAGCACAAUGUGUGAAGUGUCCAGAUGGUCAGUAUGCCAACAGAGAGAGAAAUCACUGCUUCCCAAAGGCUGUGAUAUUUCUGGCUUAUGGAGACCCACUAGGGAUUAUAUUGGCCUGCAUGGCCUUAUGUUUAUCUACAUUGUCAGCUCUUGUUCUAGUGAUCUUUGUGAAACACCAGUACACUCCCAUUGUGAAAGCUAAUAACCGUACUCUCAGCUACAUUCUUCUUGUUUCCCUCACACUUUGUUUUCUUUGCCCAUUACUCUUCAUUGGACAGCCUAGUUCAGCCAGAUGUCUCCUGCAGCAGAUCACGUUUGGGAUUCUGUUCACUGUGGCUAUGUCUACGGUCUUGGCCAAAACAAUUACUGUUCUUCUGGCUUUUAACAUUACUGUUCCAGGAAGAAAAGUGAAAUGGCUGCUGUUAUUUGGGACACCAAAGGUCAUCAUUCCAAUCUGUUCCAUUUUACAACUAAUGCUCUGUGGAUUCUGGUUGGGACUAUCUCCUCCCUUUGUAGAGAGAGAUGCUAACUCUGAGCAUGACCAAAUCACCAUUACGUGCAACAAGGGCUCAAUCAUAGCCUUCUACUGUGUGCUGGGAUACCUGGGCUGUCUGGCACUAGCAAGCUUCAUUGUGGCUUUCUUGGGCAGAAAUCUACCUGACACUUUCAAUGAAGCCAAGUUCCUAACAUUCAGCAUGCUUGUGUUUUGCAGUGUUUGGGUCACUUUUCUCCCUGUCUACCACAGCACCAAAGGGAAGGUCAUGGUGGCUGUGGAGGUAUUCUCCAUCUUGGCCUCAAGUGCAGGGCUUCUAGGUUGCAUCUUUAUCCCCAAGUGCUAUAUUAUUGUGUUAAGACCAGAUAGAAAUUUUAUACAAAAGUUGAAGGGUAAAAAUUAUUCCUGA